AAAGCUCAUUGACACACUCACCAGAGUAGAACACUGUGGGACAGCUAUUACCUCUUCAACAUAGAGAAACUCACUGCUGUUGAGUUCUUCUGCCCUGGACUGGACUCUCUGUCUCUCUCUCUCCCUCUCUCUCUCUCUCUCUCUCGCUCUCUCUCUCUCUCUCUGGAUACCCUUACUCUUCACAACAGAAGGAGAUUUGUGUCAAAGAUAUGAAGAAACCAACAUCUGUGUUUAGCAAUAUAAAGCUGUUUGUGCUGUGUCAUGGCCUGCUGCAGCUCACCCAGCUGCUCUACAGUUCCUACUUUAAGAGCACCAUCACCACCAUCGAGAGACGCUUUGGCCUCAGCAGUUUCUCCUCUGGCACCAUCUCCUCUCUGCACGAGGUGGGGAACACAAUUCUGAUAGUGUUUGUGAGUUACCUGGGCAGCAGGGUCCAUCGGCCUCGUCUCAUCGGACUGGGUGGUCUGCUGAUGUCCAUCAGCGCUCUCAUCCUGGCCCUACCUCACUUCCUGUCCCAGCCCUAUAACUAUGACUCUGUCAUACAUGAUCGCCAAGACCUGUGUUCCCUCCAGGGUCCCUCCAACACCACAGAGGCCUGUGGAAAGACGGAGAUCAAGCGUAUAGCAGACACCAACAACUUGUGGCUGCUCAUGGCUAUAGCUCAGCUGCUGUUCGGGGUGGGGUCUGUUCCCAUACAACCCUUUGGUAUCUCUUAUGUGGAUGACUUCGCCGGACGAGGCAACUCCCCCCUCUACAUAGCCAUCCUGUUUGCUCUGUCUGUGUUUGGACCUGCCUUUGGCUUCCUGCUGGGCUCCGUCAUGCUGAGGAUCUAUGUGGACGUGGACAGAACCGGCUCAGUCACCAACGCUGAGCUGGCCCCUACAGACCCUCGUUGGGUGGGUGCGUGGUGGAUGGGCCUCCUCAUCUCCUCUGCCAGCUUAGCCCUGACCUCCAUCCCAUACUUCUUCUUUCCUCGCAGCAUGCUGCUGGAAGGCAAUAGUGGAACUGAAGCUGCCAUUCAGACUGAAGUCUCCAAAAAGCCAGACUUCUCAAUGCUUGAUUUCCUGAAGAUGUUCCCCAGGCUGUUUGUUCGUCUGCUCCUCAGUCCUCUGUUCCUGCUGCUGGUUCUGUCUCAGUGCUGUUUCUCUUCAGUCAUCGCUGGCCUCGCCACCUUCCUCACCAAGUUCCUGGAGAGACAGUACAGCACCUCCACCGCUUACAGCAACCUGCUCAUAGGUGCGGUGAACCUUCCGUCCGUUGCCGUGGGGAUGCUGGUGGGCGGAGUCAUCAUGAAGAGGACCGGUCUCUCUCUGAAGACCAUCCCUCGUUUUUCUGUCGCCAUGCUCACCAUCUCUGUCCUCCUCAUCAUCCCUCUCUUCUUCAUGGGCUGCCCCACACAGAGCGUGGCGGAGGUCAACUACACACCCCAUGGGUUUCUGGCCACCUGUUAUUCCAACUGCUCCUGUCCUGCUGACUCCUUUAACCCAGUGUGUGGAUCUGACAACACUGAGUACCUGUCUCCCUGCCACGCAGGCUGCAAAGACUACACCAAAGACCCCAAGAACAAAUUCAGGGUUCUGAAGUACACAGACUGUAUCUGCAUAGCUUACAGCCAGGGUAGUGGUGGGGGUACUGCCCGCCCCGGUCCUUGCCCCAACCAAUGUCCUCACUUCCUGCUUCCUGUCAUGUUCCUCAUCUCUCUGGCCGGGUUGAUCGCCUCCCUAACACACAACCCCAUCUAUAUGAUGGUCCUCAGAACUGUUCCCCAUGAAGAUAAAUCCUUUGCCAUAGGAGUCCAGUUUUUGCUCAUGAGAGUCCUUGCCUGGUUACCAGCCCCAGCCCUGUUCGGCAUUGUCAUCGACAGCUCCUGUAUUUGGUGGAAACAAGCCUGUGGCAACCGGCUGGGCUGUGGUUACUAUGACAAUAACAUCCUGAGGAACAGGUACCUGGGCCUGCAGGUGGGCUUCAAGGUGAUGGGGAUCUUCCUGCUUGGGGUGGUGGGCUGGAAGGUCCUGAGGACCAGGGAGUACAGCCUGGAGAAGAGGCCUGAUGGACCACUCUGAUCUGGGAUACGACUGACCUCCUGGCUCCCUACUCCGUCCUCUCUCCCGUCUCACUUUAAAGAGUAGUCUCAGGUCCACUACUGUUCCUUUCAACAGUCUGCUGAGGUGUUCUGUCUGAAUGUGCUUUCCUUUACCCACCUGAUCCACCUAACCUGUCUCACAUGAGAGAAGUGACUCACCUAUCAACUGCCAGUGGGCAAAGUCCACUAUGCCUUUCAACCAUAACAUUUUUCAACGGUCUGGUUAAAGUAUUCUCAAACCCAGCUGAUCCUCGUGUUAGUAACCUCAGCGCUGUUCUCAAACCCAGCUGAUCCUCGUGUUAGUAACCUCAGCGCUGUUCUCAAACCCAGCUGAUCCUCGUGUUAGUAACCUCAGCGCUGCUCUCAAACCCUGCUGAUCCUCCUGUUAGUAACCUCAGCACUGUUCUCAAACCCUGCUGAUCCUCCUGUUAGUAACCUCAGCACUGUUCUCAAACCCUGCUGAUCCUCGUGUUAGUAACCUCAGCACUGUUCUCAAACCCUGCUGAUCCUCGUGUUAGUAACCUCAGCGCUGUUCUCACACCCUGCUGAUCCUCGUGUUAGUAACCUCAGCGCUGUUCUCAAACCCUGCUGAUCCUCGUGUUAGUAACCUCAGCACUGUUCUCAAACCCAGCUGAUCCUCGUGUUAGUAACCUCAGCGCUGUUCUCAAACCCAGCUGAUCCUACAUGGGGAAGGGGGUCAGUAUCCCCAUAUGGGGAAGGGGGUCAGUAUCCCUACAUGGGGAAGGGGGUCAGUAUCCCCAUAUGGGGAAGGGGUUCAGUAUCCCUACACGGGGAAAGGGGUCAGUAUCCAUACACGGGGAAGGGGG